AUGGAAUCUCGAAAACGACAAAGCGAUACAGCAGUUAUUGUACCACAACAACAACGACAACAACAACAGGCAAUGCAAUUUUCAAACACGACGCCAUCAACCAGAAGUCGCUUACGAGUGCGCAUAAAACGCUUUCAUGGAGUGGCCAAAUGGACUUGGAAUGCUGGGAGUGAGGAUGAAGUUUGUGGUAUUUGUCAGUCACCCUUUGAAGGAGUGGCGCCGGGUGCCAAAUAUCCAGGAGACGAGUGUCCAGUCGUCUUUGGGAAAUGUGGGCAUGCCUUUCAUUUGCAAUGCGUUGCCACUUGGUUGAAUUCCCAGCGGACGACCUGUCCCUACUGUCGACAAGAAUGGGAGUUUGGGCAGUCCAGUGAUCAACGACGAGUGUCCGAACAGAAUCCUUAA